CAACUUUCGAUGAAAGUUCUUCAGGAGUGAGAUCACAUGCUGACUCUUCAUCCAAAGUUGUAACUGGCUCAAGAAGACAGUCCUCGCGCUCUGAAGCAGCGUUUCUGUCUGUGGAGUCUUCAUGUGAAUAAAUGCUUGUGAGAACUGCAGCUUUCUGCUUGGCUCUCGAUGAAGACGGACACUUUUUUGCUCUGCUCCUGUCCUCCCCCCACCCUCCCCUGCUUGCCACACAGUCUAUGUGCUGUCUUUGUCUAACUUGCCUAGCCUCCUGCCGUAUUUUCAUCCGAAAAACAAACCAUGGAAUUGGUUGGCUGGUCUAACGAUGCAAUCGACAAAAUUUUCUCGACAAGAAGAGCAGGCAGUGGGGAGCCUGCUUGCUCCUCGGGGACAUUUUCUGCCGGGUACACCCUUAGUGAUGUGCUCCACGGGUCGAAUCCCUGAAGCGUGUGCCAAGUAAUCUAGAUGAGUGGUUCAUGAAUGGGAAUUCGAAGCGCGUGUUGAAUACGUCAGUGGUGACAUUUGAAGCCCCGCGAAGGGGGUGUACGACGUGACUGACUCAGGAAAUCAUACGAGAGGUUUGAGUGUUCGAAAUAAAAGCGACAAAGAAACGCUAUGGAUUCCCCUUCAUACCAACUUGCUAUCACAUAUCUAUGCACCCCUGCUUCAUCAGUACCAUGUGAAAGAGUUUGUUCAAAAGCAGGUGAAAUUCUCUGCAAAAAAAGAAACCACCUGAGUCCAAAACCUUUGGAUUAAAUAUUGUUUUUAAAUCAAAACGAAUACGCACUUUAUUUUACCUGCUUAUUUCACAUUUUCACUUGUUGCAUAAGCACAAACAUAGACAAAGUAACACAGAAAAAUGCAUGUAAAAACACUACUCAAAUACAUAUUAUUAUGUGUCCUGAGCAUGAUUUACACCACACCAUUUUAUUGCAUGCACCAAGCAUGUGAUACAUUUUCCUGUCCACAUGAUAACGUAGUCGAGGAAAUGAUUCAUCUUGAAGCCCCGAAGCUUGUGGAAGUCCUUCCCUGCAGGGCUUCACUGCUUUAUGGGGCUUCAUUUUGCUAUCACUACUGAUUUUACGCAAGGGUACGUUUAAUUGCAUUGGCCUGACAGAUGUGGCAAUAUUCCACAAUCUCUCUCUCUCUCUCUCUCUCUCUCUCUCUCUCUCUCUCUCUCUCUCUCUCUCUCUCUCUCGUGAAAGUGGUGCGCCAUGUUUGAUGACGUCUUCAAGCAGCGGCGCAAGGCGAUGACGUAACACGCACUGUCCCAAUCCUGCAUCUUUCAGGCGCUUCUAUCAAACCUGCGCUCUCAAUCACCACCUUGCACUUCUACUUGAUGUCCACUUUAGUCAGGACCGGUGACUGUUGCCUCGGUAUUUGGACGGGGCCCAAUACUUGCAUUAGUCCGUAGACUACUGUGAUUGGGCUGAAGAAGAAGAAAAAGAAGAAGAAAGCAUCGCUGAACCGGGAGCGACCUGAGAGGCCUCUGUCCAAAUUUGGAUCUGGCAUGCACAGACAGUAAUCUGUCACGUGGUGUACACCAGUGGAGAAGCAGAGCAUGUGGAGUGGUCGCGGUUCCCAUGGGGUCAAAGGAUAUGAAGCAGGAGGAAGAUCCCGUUGCUUUGGGCUUGUUGACUCACCAAGCUUUGGGGAAACUCAGGGAUCAGCUUAGCAGCCUACUGGACCAGCACCAGAAGACAACACGCAGGCGGAGUUCUGCACAGGAACAGUGGGUGAACAGCUUCUUCUACCAUGAAAACCGCCAUUCCUGUCUCCACUGGCCAGGGGCUGCUCUCACUGUUAUGGUGGCACUUGGACUCCUGUGUUGUUAUGGCAGUCAACCAAAGGGCAGUUCUGGCAGCGAGCUGGUGAAUGCAGCUGCCCUCCUUAUCCUUUUGCUGUUGAAUCUGAUGCUGGUCAGAAGACAGGAGAGGCUCAAAAGGAGUGAAAUGGUUCGGCGCCUUAAAGGCAUCAUCACACAGCUCAGUGAUUACCUUUCCGGUUGGGUAGGCGAAGUGCGGUGGCCACCAUGUCUUUACCCUGAUCUAUAUACGCCCUCGUCACCGUCGUGGUCCCUUCACUGGACAUAUCGUGACUCCCAGUUGGUGAAUCUGCCUGUCAGUCUGCUUGUGGAAGGAGAUAUAAUUGUUCUCAGACCUGGGCAAGAGGCAUUCACAUCUCUCAGAGGAAUAAAGGAUGAUGAACACAUCGUUUUGGAACCUGGAGAUUUGUUCCCCCCAUCCUCUCCUUCUCCUUCCACACGGGCAAAUGAGAAAGUCAGACCCCAGAACCCACAACAACAUCGUCUCUUCAGAGUAGUCAGGACUCCAGUUUUAGACAUAGUCAGGAAUAGUUUGGACUUUUCAGAAUCCCGACCAAUUACAGUGUUGGACAAUGAAAGGUUUACAGUGCAGUCCGUCAUUACCAAGCUUGUCUGUCCUAUUGUGCUGGUUACGUUCCUGCUGGUGAACAGCAUCCGCUACCUUUGUGAUGCACCCAACCUCACCCCCGUCAGCUACAAUUUUUUGCAGCUUCAGUUGAUGGCUGUUCUGCCCGUCUUACCCCUGCUAUUCCCUGUCAUGUGGGUGCUGGUCAACGCCUUUGGAGAAGCCAGGGUCCUUGCUGAGUUCAGCCACGUCUCUCCAGCAGGAUUGCUUGCCAAAUUCUCUGAGGACACUCUAAGCAGCUUCACUGAAGUGGUUUCCUCCCAGGACAUGAUGCUUUGUGUGUGGAGACACCUCGUUGGUGUACUGAAGGGAGAGUCUCAGACUCUUUGCUACACCUCCAGCCUUUUACACACGCUUGGGUCUGUCACUGUAUUGUGCUGUGUGGAUAAACAGGGAAUACUGUCAUGGCCGAAUCCAAGCCCUGAGACUGUACUGUUCUUCAGUGGAAGAGUGGAGCCACCUCAAACCAGCCAGGAGGAUCUAAUGGAUGGCCUGUCAGUGAACUCCUACUGCAAAGUGGAGACAGAUGAAGACAGGGAUAAGAACCAAGAGGUGGAUGCUCUCCUUUGUUUACCGGAGGACCCCACCACCCAAAUUGGGGAAAUAUCUGAGCCCAGAGAGACGCCAUAUGAUAUGGCUCAUUCAACAGACACACUAAUGUACGAGCGUUCCUGCCAACCUGUAAAUAGUCGGAUCAAACACAACUCUGGGUCUAAUGUGAGCUUCAGUCGUCAUACAGAGGGAGCCGAGGACCAAACCCAGGAAUUUCUUUUGGAUUGCCAAGAAACUGAGGCAGACGAUUAUGUGUGUGACUACCACCUGGAGAUGUUGAGUCUUUCUCAAGACCAGCAAAAUCCAGCAAGCAUUCAGUUUGAUGACCUAUCGUGGCAGUGUCACUUGCCUUCGCUGAAGCCGCUCGGCCUCAACAUCAUGCUCAACCUCUGCAACAAUAAUGUCACUCAACAGCUCUGCUGCUUCUCAGAUCAUUUGUCUAACUUGGCACUGCAAGAGAGCCAUGGCAGUAUGCAACCCGUUUGUGUUCCUUGGGGGCUCUGUGAGCUUUCCAGGCUCAUAGGUUUCACUCCUGGUGCAAGGGAGAUGUUUGAACAGGAGAGCCACUUGGCUCUUUACCAAUUGCCGACUAGCGAACUUACAAAAGAUGUGCCUUCGCGCCGUUUGCAUUACAUCACCAAACGUCAGCCCCCUAUCUCCCACCUGAUAUCUCUUUUUGUACGAGACUCUUCCUCAGAGAGUGUCCAGAUGUUGUCACAUGGCUCAGCUGAUCUCAUCUUGGAGGCCAGCACUGACUUUUGGGAUGGUGCUGAUAUUUACCCUCUUUUAGGUUCUGACAGAAAAAAGAUUCUGGACUUCUACCAGCGUGCCUGUCUGUCUGGUUACUGCUCAGCCUUUGCAUAUAAACCCAUGCAAGGUUCAUUGUCGAGCCAGUUGAAUGGCAAGUGUGUGGAGUUGGCAUCUGGUCCCUGUCUAUUUUCAGGCCUGGAGCUGUCCUCAUCCACCCCUAACAAGCAUCCUUCCAGCAGGAACAGUUGGAGCUCAGACGAAGGGAUAGGUGAAGGAAUGGAAUGUGACGAUGGCGUGCAAGCCUUGAGUGGACAAAUCUUCAUGGGCAUGGUGUCAUCCCAGUUCCAGGCCCGGCUGGACACUAUCCGGCUCAUUGAUGCUCUGAUAACUGCAUGCAUUCGAUUUGUGUACUUUUCCAUGGAGGACGAACUUCGUAGCAAGGUCUUUGCAGAGAAGAUGGGAUUGGAGACUGGUUGGAACUGUCAUAUCUCACUGACUUCGAAUGGUGAUGGUUCAUGUGAAGGGGCUCCCUCCAGCCCCUGUCAUGUUUCCCUCCAUGAAGACUUGAACCAAGCAGAUUCUCCAGAUGAAGCAGAAGGUCCAUUGUUGGCAGAGGAGGAGGUCCAUCCGGACCUGGCAAGUUUCCAGCCCACAGACAGCGAUGUGCCCAGCUUUCUGGAAGAUUGCAAUCGGGCAAAGCUUCCACGUGGUAUUCACCAGGUUCGACCUCAUUUGAAGAACAUAGACAACGUGCCUCUAUUGGUGCCACUCUUUACUGACUGCACCCCUGACACUAUGUGCGAAAUGAUAAAGAUCAUGCAGGAGAACCGGGAGGUCACAUGCUGUUUGGGAAGCGCUGCCAAUUUCCGCAACAGCCGUCUUUUUCUGCAGAGUGACCUCAGUAUUGCUCUGGAUCCACUUUACCCAUCCCAGUGUUCAUGGGAAACCUUCAGUCUCACCAGGAGUGCAUUCAACAGGAGCUCUGAAGGUCUGUCUCCUCUGAGACUGUCGGGGCAACUCAAUAGUCUUGGCUGCUCUGUGGCCUUUCACCAAGGAGAGAGUGUCAGCAUGACCAAGCUCAUAGAACAGGCACGGCAUACAACAUAUGGCAUUCGCAAGUGUUUCCUUUUUCUGCUGCAGUGCCAGCUCAGUCUGGUAAUCAUACAGUUUUUAGCCUGUUUAGCUCAGCUCCCUCCUCCCAUGAACAUCACGGACAUCCUCUGGCUCUCAUGCUUCAGUUUCCCACUGCUAAGCUUGUCACUUCUGGGAAAGCCUCGAGAUAGUUCAGUCAUGACCGUUGCCACAGGCAAGAAUCUUGAUGCCAUUCCAAAGAAGACUCAAAACUACUUCCUUGGAUGCUUUGUUUUGAAAUUUGGCGUGACGUUGUGUGCCUAUUUGUUGGCCUUUGGAUUCACACUCCAAGAGGUCUGUCUGAGAAGUGCAAACUUAACCACGUUUGACAACGGCACUGGAAAAUGCCUGCAUAUACUCAUAGCCAGUUCUUCAAACCAUGCUCCACAUUGGUUCAGUGAUCUGUCAAAUGGCCUGCUGCUGACACAAAAAGUCAUGACUGGGUUUCUGGUCUUACAUAAAGUGGUCAUCUCGCUCAGCUAUGUCCACCGUUCCCAGUCUCUGUGGCGAAAGAGUCCUUUUAGCAAUUUCUGGUGGUGUCUCACUGUACCUGUGGUUCUGCUAAGUCAGAUUGUCCAAGCCACUGUGGAUUACCAGUUGUGGCAUGACCAGGACAGCCUCCUGAAUUUUGGUCUCCGUGACAUACCUCUGGUUGGGUGGCUGCUUGUCUCGCUGUCUCUUCUCCUGGUGGUGGUAGUCAAUGAGGUGGUGAAGCUACAUGAGAUAAGGGUGCGAGUUCGCUACCAGAAGAGACAGAAGCUCCAGUUUGAAACAAAGCUCGGAAUGAACUCUCCAUUCUGAUCAGUGACAUUUGGGAUUUAAAACCAGUUGUACUACUCAAAAUCAUGUAAAGCCAAAGAAGGGCACUGACCCCUUUUUAAUAACGCAACUAUCAGUUGAACGACAUCUCUUUGUUGUCUUUUUUUCACUUUUGCUGAGGACCCGUGCAGCAUAACAGGUUUGUCAUCAGAUUUGAAUUGUUCUUAAAAACUUAAAGACAUUGUCUUUUGUGGUGGACUUGAACAUUCCAAUGUGGUCCCUUUUUUCCGAGUCACUUGUUGUCCUGAGGAAUUCUGAGACAACACAGGGCUAUUAUUGAUUGCCCAUCACAUUGUUGGAUAUCAGUUUGAUCAUUCCCAAAUGUCUUAUAAUCAGACACAAAUUACAGUAGGGAUGAAAUGCAAUGAUUAUUAAAGCUACGAGCAAACAUGAACGUCAUCUAAAUCAGGGGUCGGAAGCUUUUUUUGAAUCUCAGUGCUACUUCUGCGGUACUGAUUAAUGUGAUGGUCUACUGGUUUGAUAACACACUUCUGAACUUCUUUAUUCCUGUGGGCAAGUGGGGGAUUUAUUUGGGGGGUUUUCAAAACUAAUCUAAAGAAUGAUAGAGUAGAGUUGUUGAUGCAUCCUAAGUGCUGAUUAUUGUGUGAUGUGGUCUGGAAUGUGGUCGUACUUCAACUCUGUACUUAUUGGAUCAUGGGGAAAUGAUCCCAAGGCAUUGGCCAGGUCCAUCCAGACUAAUGUCAGAUUGCCUUUCCUCAACGAAGCUUCGUGAAUCAACUGAAUCAGGACCGCUGGAUGUCUGGGAUCCCCCGAUUUUAGAGAUAUCCGUUUCCAAUCAUGUAUACAGUCAUCCGAUUUGCCAGCACUGAGAAAAAGAUUUUUACAUUCACCGCUGAGUAUAGAGAGAGUUUGAAACUGACGUGUUUGCUGAGGCAACCUCUUUUUGCAUUUGAAGAAAUGCUGUGUCCUAUACUAUAAUCAUGGUACUUUUGGUCUGUCACCACAUGUAAAAAGUUCAACACAUUCUCAAGGUCACCUUGUUGAUCUCAUUACCUCUAAAGGUGUUGACAUUUCAUCUAAAUAAUUUCUGUGUGUUUUUUACAUGACAGAUCUCAGGCAACCAGUGUGUUUAUUAAAAAAUAUAUGUGUAAACGACAGCACAAGCAAUUUGUGUUUAUGAAAAUCACGGCUGUGGCUCUAACUGUGAAUGCACGCAGUCUGUUAAUGAACUUGUGGAUAAAUUCACCUGGAAAAGCUCAAA